AUGGGGUGUAGUUCUUUUCUAACAUUUUGUGUUUCUAGUAUUGGAAUUAUUCUUAGUAUUAUUGCUAUUAUAUUAGGUGUAUUACAAGUUAUAUCAACAUCUAAAAUGAAUGACUUUGAUAUACAAGACGCUCAAAUUGAUGUGAUUACAUCAUAUAUUUCGAUAGCAUUUUCUGGUGUUGUUCUUAUUGUUUUUAUUAUUGUAACGUGUAUUUCAUGUUUUCAUAAUCGUGUUGUAAAAAUGAUAAUUGCGAUUUUAGUUGUUAUAUUUGGUGUGUUGUGUAUUGGUGGAAUCGCUUAUUUUGGAGGUGUUGGAUAUAAAAAUAUGUAUAAAAAUUCAUUUGAAGAAUUAUGGAAUGAAAUUCAGAAUAUUGUUAAGUCAUAUGCAUUUGAGCAAUAUUACUCUUGUUGUGGAUAUAAUAAAGUUACUAAAGUUUGUGGUUGUUAUUUAAAUGAAAAUUAUACAACAGAUGAAUGUAAUACAACUUGUUAUGAUAGAAUUAUAAAACCACUUGGAAUAUUCUUUUUCCUUUCAUCAGGGGUUUAUCUUUUGAUUACUAUUACUGCAUCAAUUCUUACAGUUUUAUUAUUUAUAUCAGUCUUUUGUCAUCGGGCUAAAGGAUAUUACAAUCAAUUUUAA